AUGCAGCGGACCUGUGGCAGUUACAGGAACUGGUACUGGAGGGCUAUGGGCUCAGCUGCCAGAGCCAGGACAUUUCUGCUGCGUCGCGAACACUUCGCACGUGGACGCCAGAUGUAUUUGCGUUUUAUCGAGGCACGACGCGGUCCAUCUGGCUGGCAGGGCGGAUGCGCGAACUCUGGCUGCGUUGCACGGAGGGAACUGCGAGAUUACGAAUGCAUUUGGGUCGGGACCAAGUGGUCAGCUUGCCUGUCUAUACACUGCAGGGACGGGGGGCUCACCCCGAAAUUGAGAAACCGCAACCUAGCGUCGAGAUUGCCGGCGAAAAACUUCUCGCGGGAUUGCGGUCACGAAACUGGCGCGAGGCUGUGGUGCAGCUAG